AUGGCUUCUGGGUCCCCGUCCUCCUCUGCGGACACCGCGACAGGCUCCGGGACGGACCCAGCGCGGCCCGACACCGGGGAGCCGCUUGGUGGAGGGGGCUCAGACUCGGACUCAGACCUCGGGCUGGACAAGUUUGACUGCGGCCUGGCGGGGGUGGGAGACCGGCUGGAGGGGGAAGAGCUGGAGCGAGAGUUUGAAUCAGCGGCGGAUCGUGUCAAGGACCUGGUCCAGACCGCAAGCAGAGACCAGCUGCUCUACCUGUAUGCGCGCUAUAAGCAGGUUAAAGUCGGAAAAUGCAAUACAUCAAAACCGGGCUUCUUUGAUUUUGAAGGACAAAGAAAAUGGCAAGCGUGGAAACAGCUUGGGGAUAUGGAUGCUGAGCAGUCAAUGCAGGAGUACAUUUCCCUUGUGAAUGUAUUGGACCCAGAGGGCAUCACAAAGGAAAGAAAAGGAGGAGAAAAGAGAACCGGCUUUGGAGGAGCAGCAGUCAGCUCAUUAUACCAGGAAGAGACCAUAAGAGAGGAAGAUAAGAACAUCUUCGACUACUGCAGGGAAAAUAAUAUUGACCGAAUCAGCGAGGCUCUGAGCUCACAGAACGUGGACGUCAAUACAAAAGAUGAAGAGGGCCGAGCGCUCCUACACUGGGCCUGUGACAGAGGACACAAGGAGCUGGUGUCACUAUUACUGGAACACAAAGCAGACAUCAACAGUCAGGAUAAUGAAGGGCAGACAGCAUUACAUUACGUCCUCCCAGAGGAAAUCAGCACUCCCCUGACCCUCUCAUGCCCCAUCAGACGUCCCAAAGGGGCGUUCCUCCACCACAGGGCCACACUGCUGGCAAGUGAUUAA